AUGCCACCAAGAGAUGAAAAAAUUCAAGUCGAUCAGCGCAAAUUUGAGCCUGGCCUAGCAACAAUCCCGGCUCAAGCUUACCGAAAAGCGCUCAAAUCUGGCUUCAGAUUCAAUCUAAUGGCGAUUGGAGAGCCAAGUUUGGGAAAGACAUCGACAGUGAAUACAAUCUUCAAAUCGGAAAUUUACAACGAGCAAUUUGUCAGCUCAACUCAGAGAAUCGCCAAUUCGGACUCGCUGAUUGUCCAAGAAUUUGACCUGAAGCUGAAAGAGAAUGGUGUUCCACUGAUUCUCAGAGUCAUCGACUGUCCUGGUUAUGGCGCCUUCAUCGACAAUUCAAACCAAGUGCCAACUAUUGUCAGUUAUCUGGAUGGUAGACACAGACGGCAAUUCGACCAAGAAAUGGAUAUCGACCGUGACAUUGAAAAAAAUGAUGAUGAGCUUGUCCACUGCUGUCUCUUCUUCUUUUCGCCAAAUUGCCGGACAGUCAAAGAACUCGACCUUGAGUGCCUAAAAGCGAUCCACAACAAAGUCAAUGUUAUUCCAAUCAUCGCGAAGGCUGAUAGUUUGACGCUGGACGAGCGACACGACGUUUCUCUAUUCGACGAAGAAAAGAAAGAAGAGCCCGAAUCAAAGCCAGUCGCCAUGAGACGCUAUACCUUCGGAGCAUGCGAGAUCGAAAACGACGAGCACUCCGAUAUGCGAAUUUUGCGCCAUCUGAUGAUUCAAACGCAUCUUGUCGAUCUUGUCAACUCGACAAAAAAUGAAAAAUACGGGAAUUUUCGCGAGCACUGGUUGACAAAGCACCCAAUUAAAUUUCCAGAAAAGAAGCCGGAAACGACCGAAGAGCUGAAAAAACGUCUUGACAAGGAGCUCAAGGAUGAAAUAAUGGGGCACAAAGAAAAACUCCAACGAAUUCAAGCGGACAUGGAAGCAGUCUUUCAAAAGAAACUCCAAGAGCGGCGGAUGAAAAUCGCCGAAGGAGAAAGAAAACUUGAAGAAAUGCAGAAAGCCCACCGGGAACACAUGAAAGAUGAAGAAAACGUCAUCGCAAUCAAGCGAAAGUAA